AUGAGCGCUCAGCCUGCUCCUGCUCCUGCCGCUGCCACUGCCGGUGCCGGUGAAGCAGACUCCUUUGCUCCCGACGAUGACUACACCCCGACCUUCUACGUUGGUCACCACGAGUCCAAACGUCCUUUGCCCGUCACGGAUUUUGUUCUGCGACAGGCGCAAGAUGUCGGAUAUGACAUGCUCACCAGCCCCAUUACCAGCCCUCACUUUCACUCGAGAGUCCUGACUCUGGUAUCUACCUAUCAGUCCGAUCUUGCGCUCUUCGAGUCUAUCAAAGAUGCCGCCGCCCAAAGCCCCCCGCCCGCUCCGAUUAUACCUCCCCUCGACCCUGUGGAUACUCCUUUAACGCCUGGAGAUGCCGUCUCUCAGAUCAUCGCAUACUCCAGCCCAUGGAUAGACCUAUGCUCUGCAGAUCCUCUCAUAUCGAACAUAUCCCGUCAAGUUCUCAAUAUCGAAAUUGCAUAUGCCUCGUUCUGUGGAGUUGGCAAUAUUAUUAUACCGGGACCGAGAUCAUACACCAGCGGAUCUACAGAGACUGAUGGUCUUAUACAAUAUGCCCGGGCCAUACAAGAGGCGCUCAAUAUUGGAAGUUACCUUCAGAUGGCCAUCCAUAUUCCCAUGUAUGGGAACGAAGAAGCGCAUGAUAUGAUAGGCGAUCUUCGUCCAUUUGCCAGAGAUUUUGAAACACAUGGGGCCACGCGGAAGGCGAAUAAAGAGAUUGAUUUGUUUGAGACUUGGGAUGCUUGGAACUUGAUUCGGAGCAUUUCACUUGCGCUCCCUCGUCAACUCCCGGUCGAGUCUCUUCAAUCUCGCUGGUAUGCGGAACCUUUGAGGUUACUCUCCUUCACUCCGUCGACCUUUCUCAAGAACAAGGGAGGGCAUCCUGUUCUCAGCAAAGGCCACCAGAGCUUGAUCUCAAGAUAUAUGCGUCUUAAGCAACCGCCUUGGCUAUUGCUUUGUGACGUGGGACCUAUUCCUGGAUUGGACGACCCUAUACAACUCACACCUACUGCCGACGGCUGUCCACCCCCCAGUGCUGUAGCAGAUGCCUUGUCUCCAACGCCCGCUGAGGCUGCUGGGCACUCUGGGGAAGAGUCCCACAAGCAGAAGCAGAAGUGUAAGGACUUCGCUGCACAUCUGGUUUAUAUUCGUUACCUCCAAAGGAAUCAGCCGAUCAGAACAGCUCUCGAGAAGUUUGGCUCGGGCUACCAGGACUAUCUGCAGGCCCCCCUUCAACCUCUGACAGAUAAUUUGGAGUCUGUUACUUAUGAGGUCUUCGAGAAAGAUCCGGUUAAGUACGAUUGGUACGAGCGUGCCAUUGUUCAAGCCCUAUCGGAUUGGUCCGGCCGGCAUAAGCCCACUUCGAGCCCAACUGGUGCAGUGGUCAUUGCUGUAGCUGGGUCAGGAAGAGGUCCUCUAGUAACUCGGGCGUUGAAGGCAAGUGAGAUGACUGGAGUCGCAGUCGAAGUUUGGGCCGUUGAGAAGAACCCCAAUGCAUACGUUCUGCUUCAGCGGCACAACGAGGAGGACUGGGGCCGUGCCGUCAACAUUGUAAAGAGCGACAUGCGAGCUUGGAAGGGACCUCUUCGAAGCACGACUGGACCUAUUGGACAAGCUGUCACUACAAGCAACAGCUCUCCUGCUUCGCCGUACGGCAAGGUCGACAUCAUCGUAUCUGAACUCCUUGGAUCGUUUGCCGACAAUGAGCUCUCGCCAGAAUGUCUCGAUGGUGUCCAGCAUGUCCUGGCACCGCAGCACGGUAUCUCGAUUCCAAGCUCUUACACGGCUCAUCUGACUCCCAUUCUUGCUCCAAGAUUACAUGGCGACAUUUCUCACCGCGCUCUCACAGACCCCACCGCUACAGAGACGCCUUAUGUUGUUAUGCUUCACGCUAUCGACUACCUAGCAACUUCUGUUCCCGACCACCCCCGGAUCCAAAAGGCUUGGGAGUUUGUCCAUCCACUUCCAAAUGCUACUCUUGCGACUGCGGAGGCGCGGAGAAGUGGGGGUGUCAGUGGAGGAGGUGGAGGCAGUAUGUCGGGCGGCGACGGUGCGAACGAGCACAACACUCGCUCUGCCAAGCUUAAAUUCGUCUGUAAGGAUAGAGGCGUGGUCAACGGACUGGCUGGCUAUUUCGAGGCUGUUCUCUAUGAUAGUGGCGAGACAGGCAUCGUCGAGCUGAGCACGAGACCGGAUACUAUCGAUGCCAAGAGUAAAGAUAUGAUAUCUUGGUUCCCAAUAUUCUUUCCCUUGAAGAACCCUCUAUACUUCCCAGAUGAUUCGGAGCUAGAGGUCAGUAUUUGGAGACAGACAGAUGACCGGAAAGUUUGGUAUGAGUGGCUUGUAGAGGCAUUUGUCAUGGUUGGACCAAACAAGAGAAUGAGACUGGGGAUGAGCGAAAUGGGCAGCAGCAGAAAGGCUGGAUGCCUCAUGUAA